CUCUUCUGCUUCUGCCUGCCAUAUCCCAGAAUCCUCUGCGCCACAGAAUAGUGUCCAGUCAUUGUGGGUCAGCUCGGUUCGGUUUCAUCCACCCAGACACAGCAUGAAGGAGACCGCGGCCAAACGACGCGACAAGGCGGGAGGCCGGGACCGGGACUCGAAGGCAGAGAAGCCAAAGGAGCCGAAGGAGGUGGGCCCAGAGCCGCAGGACGUGGAGAUGCCUGAAGAGGAGGCGGCUAAUGCGGCCAAACAGCCAAAGGAGCAGGACAGCCUGACCCUGGACGAUAUUAAGGAGCACGUGAAGCAGAUCGAGAAGGCCGUGUCGGGGAAGGAGCCUCGCUUCGUGCUCCGCGCUCUGCGGGCGCUGCCGUCCACCAGCCGCCGCCUCAACACCAACGUGCUCCACAAAGCCAUCUGUGGCUUCUUCACCAACAACGCCGCCACCCGAGACUUCCUGCUGGGCUUCCUGGAGGAGGUGAGCAGAGACGAGCUGCAGCUUUGAAUUAAUGACAAACAGGAAGUGAACUCUGACCUCUGAGAGCCGCAUCAUCAAACAGUAACCUGAUUAUUUAUAACAAGGUCGACGGACUCGAGCCGGGGGACUCUCUGUUGUGUGCUGACGGUGACGUUUGUGUUUCAGGCGCAGAAAGUGUCGGACGACCUGCUGCAGAAGAUCGUCUCCAAGAACCGCCGCGCUCUCGACCUGGUCGCCGCCAAGUGCUACUAUUACCACGCCCGAGUGUACGAGUUCCAGAACCAGCUCGACAUCAUCCGCAGCUUCCUGCACACACGCCUGCGCACGGCGACCCUGCGGCACGACGCCGACGGGCAGGCGGUGCUGCUGAACCUGCUGCUGAGGAACUACCUGCACUUCAACCUGUACGACCAGGCCGAGAAGCUCGUGUCCAAGUCCGUGUUCCCCGAGCUCGCCAACAACAACGAGUGGGCGCGAUACCUCUACUACACAGGUCGUAUUAAAGCCAUCCAGCUGGAGUACUCGGAGGCUCGCAGGACUCUGACCAACGCUCUGAGGAAGGCUCCACAGCACACCGCCGUGGGCUUCAAACAGACGGUCCACAAGCUGCUGAUCGUGGUGGAGCUGCUGCUGGGAGAGAUUCCCGACCGCCUGCAGUUCAGACAGCCGUCACUCAAACGCUCCCUGAUGCCCUACUUCCUGCUCACACAGGCUGUGAGGACAGGUAACCUGGCCAAGUUUAACCAGGUGUUGGAGCAGUUUGGCGAGAAGUUCCAGGCCGACGGGACGUACACGCUCAUCAUCCGCCUGAGACACAACGUCAUCAAGACCGGUGUGCGUAUGAUCAGCCUCUCGUACUCUCGGAUCUCCCUCGCCGACAUCGCUCAGAAGCUGCAGCUCGACAGCCCCGAGGACGCCGAGUUCAUCGUCGCCAAGGCGAUCCGUGACGGCGUGAUCGAGGCCAGCAUCAACCACGAGAAAGGCUUCGUCCAGUCCAAGGAGACCAUGGACAUCUACGGGACCCGAGAGCCUCAGCUGGCGUUCCACCAGAGGAUCUCCUUCUGCCUCGACAUCCACAACAUGUCGGUCAAGGCCAUGAGGUUUCCUCCCAAAGCGUACAACAAGGACCUGGAGUCUGCAGAGGUAACACGCACGCACACACACACACACACACACACACAACACGUGAUGUCAUGUCUUUAAUUGACCACAUGGUGG